AUGAAAAGAAUGAAUUUGAACCAUAUAUCUCGAUCAUCGAACCCUUUACACAUCGAUCGAUCGUCGCCAAUUCAGAUUUUUAGUUUUAAAAUCAUUUUCUUGGUGAAGGGUCGAUUCGACAAAGUUAAAAACGACUGGUCAGAAUGUGGUGUUAUUGAUAAUGAUUCUGAUCUUGACCUCCAAAUGCAAAGGUUGAAUUAUUGUUUUCAUAGAAUCUACAAUGUUAUGGUCAGUAUCUGUCUAUCUUUUCUUCAUAUCAAAAUGAUGCCAAAGUUAGUUACUGAUUCUUUCUUAAGCACUGAACCAACGACGAUGUUGUAUAAUAAGCAAAACCAAUCAAAAACAAAAAGAACCAAACUAAAUAGAAUCGCUUCCAAAGUCGAUGAUAUCAAGUUUGCUCAAACGCACAUAGUAGCACCUGAAGGCAAAAAAUGGAUCAACAAGAAUGAUAAUGUUGAGGUAAACUUGCAUUUGGUUGGUGGUAGAGAUACACUUCUUAUGGUUAAAUACUCUGGUGUUGUUGCUCUACCAAAGAAUAGAUUGCCAUCAAUUAAAGUGAUCAACCAAAAGUACACCAAGGAGUUAUAUCUAAAUGAUCCGUCGCAAUUCCCAGCGUCUUUAGAUAACCAAAUUAAUCCGAUGGAACAGCUAAACAGCUACUAUACAGUUUUAAUACCUAGAGAUCUCAUUGCCAAUGGAGUCAAGAUCGUUGUUAGCAGUCAUCCCAGUGGAUCUAUCUCACCGAGGAUCGGUAGAAAUGGAAUGUUCAAAGUACUUACGAUACCAAUGUUUCUAUUUGGUGCGGCACCAUCGUUGAUUGCAGGAGGAGCAAUAAAAGAGGUUAGAUCUUACCGACCAUCAGGAAUUGAAGAGAUGACGUUGGAGUCAUUGCCAGUAUCGGAAAUGGAAUUUCAAUCUAGAUUCAAACUGACAUGGCCUGUUCAUGUAAAGAUACCUUCCAAUGGUAACCAAGCACAGCUAAUCAGUAGUUUCGAAACGGAACCAAUGGAUUUUCUGAAAUCAAUGACACCUUUCUUUGUUGAGCUAAGAAGAGCUUUAGGUUUUAGAAAUUCAGAUACAUUUUUACAUAUUCCUAUAAUAGCUAAUAGGAAAACAGGUGAACAAGUUCAGAUUAGUAUGGGAAUAGAGAUAGAUAAUGUAAUGUGCACUUUAAAUUAUUCCGAUCCUUAUGUAUUUCUCCAUGAGUUGGCACAUGCAAUGGGUGCCAAGCAUUACAGUGGUGAUUCACCUUAUCACGAGUAUUUAGAAGGAUCGUCUUGGGGAUAUAAUUCUAGAAUCAACAAGUUUAUUCCAAAUUAUAUUGACCAUGAAGAUGAUCAUUUCUAUUGUCAAAAUGGAAGUGAUGGUAAAUGUUAUCUAUAUGAUAUAAUGAAUUCAAUUGGAAAUAAUGGUGCAAAAGUAAUGUUUUCUGAUUAUGAAAUCGGUGUCAUUCAAAACAAUCUUGAGAUGGAGGAGGUAAACAAGAGGUAUAUGCACUACGAGAAUGGAAACUACUAUAAAUACAACAAUGAAAAGGUUGGUUAUGAAAAGUAUAUUUAUAACGAUGAAAACGGUCGGUAUUUAGAUGGAGGUUUACCACUCGCUGCCAAUAGAGAUCGUCCAGUCUAUGCCAUCGUUAUUACACACAAUACAGGAAGCUUCUCUGCAUGUGGACAAGAUUGUAACAAGAUAUUUCCACUGGUAAAGAUAGAGAGUGGUCAUUUGUUACGGUAUAUCGAUCCUUCCGACAGAAAACAAUUAGAAAUGGUGAAUCCCGAUCUCAAUGGCGAGUACCGAUCGUACUGUGUCGAGUCUGGAUGUGACUAUACUCUGGUGGCAACAUACUCUGAUGGCACCACCAUAAAGAAGUUACUUCAAAGAGGAAUAAGAGCUUUUAACAAUCCAAGUGGUCAAGUCCAACAAACCUACUGUGAUCCCUACAAUCCAACCAGUAUUCAUUUCAUCGUUGAGACGAUACCUGCCGAUAAACCACUCUCUCAAAUCGAGCUCUAUUGGACUCCAUAUGGAUUUAGAAAUUUGUUUGACAAAGACUCAUCCGAUUUAAUUAUUUCUCAGAAAUUUUAG